CUUGUGAUAAGAUGUAUGUUCUUUUUGAUAAUACAUAUCGCUAAGUAGUUUACUGUCUGAUUCACGCCCCGAUGUCCACAACAACACUUAUUAAUCCUCUGUGGUAACUUGAGAACUGUUUAACCAAUCAAUGAACGAGUCUGGCCCUCAGUCGUCAUUCAUAUUGCAACCAAAACUCACAUGCGCGUAAAUAAAACCUAUUUUACGUUUAGCCGGAACAUUGGUACCGGCCGGUAACUCAUGUAGUAUUGUUCUUUUUUUAAAUAUUAGUUUUCCAAAAUGGCUCCCUAUAAAGUUUGUUUUUUAUUUGGAAUAUUAGCUGUUUGUUUCUUUGGUGCUUGUUUGGCCGACAUCCCGUGUGAAGCUAGAAAGAUUACGGGCAAGUCUGUGGUGUGUGUGUGCAACGCUACGUACUGCGAUACUAUAUCGAGGGAACCUUUCGUGCCCAACACAUAUGUUGUGUACUCCAGCUCACAGAGUGGAUUACGAUUUAGCAAGAACAGAGCUGAACUGAAACAAGCGAAUUAUUCCGAUACAGGAUGUAUUCCAACAUUAGUGCUGAACCCCAAAGUGAAGUACCAAACGGUGGAAGGUUUCGGAGGAGCGACCACCGACGCCGCUGGUAUCAACUGGAAGAACUUGAGCCUGCCUCUACAGAAGUUCCUGAUUGACUCAUACUUUAGCGACAAAGGUCUGCAGUACAAUAUGAUCCGCGUUCCCAUCGGCGGCACGGACUUCUCAACUCACGCGUACGCGUACAACGAGCUCCCUGUCAACGACACCAAGUUAUCUAACUUCACGCUUACUUACGAAGACUUCCAUUAUAAGAUCCCGAUGAUAAAGGCGGCGAUGCAAGCGUCGAGCACGCCGGUCCACGUGAUAGCGACGACAUGGUCCCCCCCGCUGUGGAUGAAGACGCGCCCGGUGUACAGAGGCCGCAGUCUCCUCAAGCCGGAGUACUACCAGACUUACGCCGACUACCACUACAAGUUCCUGGAGAAGUACAAGGAGCAGGGUAUCAACGUGUGGGGUAUCACGACCACUAACGAGCCGACAACGGGACUCGUUGGGUUCAUUCACUCCGUCAACAACCUCGGGUGGACCGCGGCGAGUAUGGGUAGAUGGAUAAUCAUGAACUUGGGGCCUACCAUACGUAACUCGACGUUCAAGGAUGUUAAAAUAAUAACAGGAGACGAUCAGAGGCUGACACUGCCGUACUGGGCAAAUGUGCUGGUGGCCGAGCACCCGAAAGUACUGGAUUACGUGGACGGUAUCGCAGUGCAUUAUUACACGGACUUCCUCACUCCCGCCUCCAUCCUCACUGAGGUCUCCAAGUCGUUCCCCAACAAGUUCAUCAUUGCCACCGAAGCUUGCGAAGGAAGUAUACCGAUACUCGAGAAACAUGUCGACGUAGGGUCCUGGGUGAGGGCGAAGAAAUACGCGAUUGAUAUCAUUGAUGACAUAAACCAUGACGUAGUGGGUUGGAUAGACUGGAACCUGUGCCUCAACGUGCAAGGUGGGCCGUCCUACACAGCCAACCACGUGGACUCGCCCAUCCUGGUCUUCCCAGAAUUCAAUGCCUUUAUCAAACAGCCCAUGUUCUACGCCAUGGGACAUUUCUCCAAGUUUGUCCCUCGAGGGUCGCGGAGGAUACAGGUCACCCAGAAAUGUGGAUGGAAGAGGUCUCUAUGGACCACUGCCUUCAUUACUCCACAGAAUAAUGUCGUUGUGGUGCUUUAUAACGAUGGUAAGGCGACCAAAGUGAUCCUUCAGUUAGGAAGUAAGCAAGCAGUCGUCGAGAUGGAAGCUAACUCUAUGGCCACCGUGGAACUACCGCCUAAUGUAAACUUCUAGAAUACAUUUUAUUGUGAUUAUUUACUUACGUAAUAUCUUUUUGUUUUUCUAUUAGAUAUGUAAGCUGGUUAAAUAUUUCAUU